AUGAACGGUUGGAACGUUCAGCUCACGGCCCAACCAGCGCAAAACCCGGACUUCAAUGUUCUUGACCUUGGAUUCUUUAAUGCUAUCCAGUGCUUGCACCAUCAGAUUACUGCACGAUCAAUCGAUGACCUCAUUCAGUGCGUUGAAGGAGCGUUAAAGAAUCUGAAGUGGACCACUUUGGACAAGAGCUUCAUGUCUUUACAGAAGGUUUUGGAGGAGUCAAUGAAGAUGGACGGCAACAAUGUGUACAAGCUACCGCAUUUGAAGAAGGACAUUCAUCUGAAGGCGGGUCAUCAUGAGCUGCGGCCGUCAUGCGACGAAGAACGCUAUUGA